GCAGUGUCUGUGUGACAAGAAAACCACUUAACAAUGAAAAAAUUCACACUGUUUGAUUUUGUAAAUGAUAAUUCACUGCAAAUUGGAGAGACUUCAUGGAUACAGGACCUUCCCAGCGAUGACAAUGAACUAGAGAGACUUCUGAAACCAAAUGAGCAUGUGCUAGUAAACUGGCCUGUGGGAGAAAGAAAGACAGAAAAGCACCUGGUGAAAGUCGUGUAUAUGAGUGAUGACCCCCAAGAGCUGGUGGAAAUGAUGCAAAAGAUAUUACAGGCAGAUGAAAUUACAAAAAUACAAGUCCUUGGAAAAGGCAAGAGGAAGAGGAUAGAAAUGAUAUUCUCAGAAAGUGAGGACAGUGACCUGGAUAAAGAACAGGGGAAGAUGAUGAAGCAUAUAAAAAGAAAGAAAUCAUUGCAGACAUCUGCUCCUGACAACAUCCUGAGUCAACUUGAAACAUCUUUAAUUAACAAACAGAGAGAACCGUAUUCAGGAAGCAACUUUCUGUACAGUGAAAGUAGCAGUGAUGAUGAAGAGCCUUUAUUUCAACUAUCCAAGGUAGAACUGUGUGCCAAAAUAAAAAGUCUCAAGAGGAAGCUGACAGACACCAUGAGAGAAAACUGCCGCCUAAGGCAGUCCCUGGUGAUGCUUCAAGUGUUGCCACAGGCAGUCACCCAUUUUGAGGAACUGGUAGGGAUGGCUGAAGCACUGCUCAAGGGGGGAGUGACAUCAUCUACGUCCAGUCUGCAUUCACAUGCUGUUUGGAAAGCAUCUAACAAUCCGUUAGCAGAUUCAUAUGCAGCUAUGCACAGUAACUCCAGCUCACCAAUAACUUUGAAUGUGGAAGAUGAGGAGCAACAGAACGAAAAACAGUUCAAGAUCGAAAAGUGGCAGAUAGCACUUUGUAACAAAAGCAAACCUCAAAAGUUUAUAAAUGACUUGAUGCAAGCACUUUAUACACAUGAAUACAUGGCUACGCACAGCCUGACAGGUGCAAAGUCCUCCUCUUCAAAGGACAAAGCGGCGAAACCAGCUAUGAAUCAGAAUGAAGUUCAGGAAAUAAUAGGAAUCACAAAACAGUUGUUUCCAAACACAGAUGAUGCUUUAAUUAGGCGAAUGAUGGGACAAAAACUGAACAAUUGCACCAAGAAGCCAAUUUUAAGCAAAGAUCUUAACUCAGGUGCUUUUCAGAAGCAUAGCUUUUGUGGCUCAACAGCUGCUCCUCAGGGCAUCAUCUCUUCUGCUGUUCCUCCCAGCACACAAGACCAGCAGGAUGAUGAUUCACCAGCUGCUAAUGCACAAAUUCAGCAAAGUGACAGCCGUCUGACGACUCCACCUCCCACCACACAAGGUCAGCAGGAGUGCUUCAAACCCACUUCUAAAGUGGAGUCUCAUCUCGCCAGAAGCUCACCAGCGCCCUCUCCCACCCAGGGUUGCGAACGUGAUCUCAGGAAUUCAGACAAAGAAUAA